AUGUGGAUGGAGCGACAGGGGUUGUCCCAGGCCGUGGUGAGAGCCAUCGACCACGGUUCCGCAGUCAUCGGCAUUUGCGGCGGAUACCAGAUGUUGGGGAAGACCCUGUUGGACCCGGACCGCAUCGAGUCUGACAUCGGAGCGGCGGACGGUUUGGGCCUGCUUCCCCUGAUAACCACGUUCGCCGGAACCAAAGAGACCCACCGGGUGGAGGCGACCGUGCGGCAAGAGGCGUCUGCGCCCGGGCACCUGAUGUCCGGCGCCGUUGGAGAGCCGGUGAUUGGGUACGAGAUACACAUGGGGCAAACUUCGGGGGAGGGUGUCAUACCCGCGUUCAACGUGGUCGACCGGGCCGACGCGGCCGUCACGUCAGCGACGGCGUUUGACGGCGCCCUGGAUGCCAAUGGGCGCGUGAUGGGAACGUACAUCCACGGACUGUUUCACAACGCCGGCGUUCGGCGCGCGAUCCUGGGAGAACUGGCACGCCGCAAAGGCGUUGGCCUGCCGGAAGGCGUGGAUGUGACCCGCGACCGCGAGUAUGACCGGCUCGCCGACUGGGUACGCGACAGCCUGAGAAUGGACCUGAUCUACGACAUGGUUGGGAUGACGCCAGCGCUAUGA